UUGGAAUGAAAACUGACCUUUUCCAGUCCUGUGACCACUGCUGAGUUUUCCAAAUUUGUUGGCAUAUUGAGUGCAGCACUUUCACAGCAUCAUCUUUUAGGUUUGAAAUAGCUCAGCCUUCCCUUAGUCCUGCCAUUGUUCUUUGAAGAAAAGGGUGUGUCUCUAACAAGAAGUAAGAAUGAAGGAAUAUUAAGAUGUGAAAGCAGACCAUUCAGUACUUUCCUUCAUACACCCACAUUUCUUCUGUCCCCAGUCUCAGGGUAAAGGGAGAUUUCAGUGGGGGAAAAAAUAGUGAAAAACAUUUAACCUUCACUCUUUUGGAGUGGCAAUAAGUCAAACCAUUUGAAAGCUCUAAAAAGGUAAAUGUUUUUCAUUUCCAUUACUGAGAACAGAAGUCAAAAUAUCAGUUCCUUAACAGGGUCAGAAAUGUUGAAUAUUUUUCAAAAAGCAAACAAAAGCAACAAGAAUUGCUAAUGCUUAUUGAACAUAAACAAACAGAUACAUAAACCCUAGAUGAGAGCUAUCUCACUCACUGUUCUUAAGAACCAUGUGAAAUAGGAAGUACUGUUAUUUCCAUUUGGAAAACAAAGAACCUGAUGCUUAGAGAGGUUAAGUGUAACUCCACCCAGCUCAUACAGCCAGUCACUGAACAGCUGGGAUUUGACAAUGAUUAGACUGGCUUCGCCUUUUAGGCCAGGGAGCUGCAGAAUUAAGACUUUGGAUUCUAUCCAGCUGCAUAACUUUGGGAAAAAUAUUUUUGUUAGCCUUAAUCUCCUGGUCUGUAAAAUAUAGAAUUGUGUUGGGUGAUCUUGAAGAUUCCUGCCAGCUUUUUGGGUCUCUCUCCAAGUCAAUAUGCAUCAAGUUGACUGAAAAAAAAAUGGCACAACCUAAAAGUUGAGAAUUAUGUGUGUGUGAUUCUUUUUAAAGAACACUAAUUUAUUUAUGUAUUUAUUUAUUUGGCUGUGUGGGUCUCAGUUGCAGCACUCAGGUUCCAGAACAUGGGGUUCAGUGGUUGUGGCCAGGGGGCUUAGUUGCUUUAACCAGGAGGGAUCUUAGUUCCCUGACCAGGGAUAGAAGCUGAGCAAGUCCCUUGCACUACAAAGUGGAUUCUUAACCUCUGGACCAGUGGGAAGCCCUGAGACUUCUUUUAUUGGGUAGACAUUCUGAGGACUUCAAGCCUGGCAUUGCUCUGAAGAGAUAAAGGAGGAGCCAGGAUACAUAGAAGUUUUUUUAUCACAAAGACCAGGUAGUAGGCACCUCAAAAGAUGACUGUUAAUGAAAGAAAACCAGACAUCUCAGGUUAAUGAAUUUAGCACUUUUCUAUUUCUGGAAAGAUGCAAGAGUCCGGGCUCAGUGAAAUCACCCUUUGAUAUGCCCGUCAGCUCUCCAUGACCAGUAUCCGGUGCUUUGUCAUCCCCAGCCUCCUGACUGCAGCGACUGAUGGUGGCUUAAUGGCAGGCAUCCUGUGUUUCCAUCCUGAGUCCCCUCAGGACUCACCCCCCAUGUGUGGGGAAAGAGGGAGAGGCGGCGCCUGUCAUUUGAUGGCGGAAACAUCCUUUGUUGACUGAGAUGGCAGGUGACAUUUUUCAUUCUCAGUCACAUCCAGGCCACUGUUGCCAUUCAUCAGUCCAGCAAACCAUAGGCACCUGAGGGGUGGGGUGGGAGGGGAGGGGGACGGGUAGAGCGUGGGAUUACAGACACGUCUUCCUAACAGAAGCAGCUGCUCAGCUCCCAUGUCACGCCGAGACAGGCAAGAUUGUUGAGUGACUGCAGAAGGGAGGUGGGAGCAGGGCCGCUUUCAGCUCCCGUGGCUGCCAGAGUUAAUCUCUUAGUUGGCUCAGUAACUUUCCCCCAGAAGCAUCCUUACCACCUGCCUUGAACGCACUCCACAUUUGCUGAGUGCUGGAGGCACCUGGCUCAGGUGAGCUAUGAGAAGGCAUCUGUCAUGUGACCAGACCUGCUGAGCUGCUGUCCCUGGCUUCCCUGAACUGCACUGAAGGAGACUUCCAGAAAUUUUGCCUCAGUCCUGAAGCCUUUGUUCUCUCUUCAGAGUAAGGAAGUAGGAGAGGGGCUGGGUGGAGAGGCGACUCUUCGGAGCUUUCUGAAGUGACCUACAGCUUGAGGAAGUCAGGCUGUUAAAGAGACCCAGUGGCUACCACACGUGCUAGAUAAUACUGUGUCAACAGCUCCAGUUAUCUAAAGCUCUGUGUGAAAUGGGAACCAACCUUUGCUCUCUGGGAACAAGCUAUCACCUUUCUCCCAGGCAGGCGGAACUAAAGUGCGUUUCAUUUAUGCCUCCACACCGACUCUUGAAUAUCAAGUCACUCCUAGCUUCCUUCUGCCCUCAUCCUCUGCCCUCCUUGAAAGUGUAAUUCAUUUUUUCCUUUACCCAUGGGCAUAUAUAUGCUACGUAACAUCAUCAGAAACUAUCUGAUUUAAUUCAGGGAACACCUACCUUGCCAUCUAAUCUUCUACUUAGGCAUGUUGCAAGGGUUUUUUUUCUUAUCUGUGUCUGUCUUAUAUGCCCAGAGGUAGAGAUAACACUGAAAUGAAAUAAAGUGGCAGAGACCCAGAAAGAGAAAUAAACCCGAGGAGGAGAAGUCCACAGGCAGCGGUUUUCAAGGACUGCUAGCAGCUUGGUGGGGUGAGCCAGAAAAAGGAGAACCACUUAACUUGAAAAGGAAGAGGAAAGCGUGAGAAGGGAGAUCAGGCCACAUAGAGUGGAUGGAGGGAGGUGGAGUGAAGCCCAGGAAACAGCCCAGGUGAAGCGAGCCGGCACUCCAGACUGAACGCAGUUUGCUAAGAUCCACUGGCGUCUUGUGUGCAAAUGAGAAGGGCUUCCCGGAGCUGCCCUGAGCCAGGUGCCUUCUGCCAGCAGCCGGGUGGCACCACGGAGGCCAGAAGCCCAGGGCGCUUUAAGAAGCAUCUCUGGCCGUUGCCAGGAGAGGAUGGACAGCACCCAGAAGCAGAGAGUAAAUGAGGAUUAAAGGACCUGGCAGAAGGAAGCCCGCUUGAGAAGCUAUUGAAAUUCCAAGAUUGGCAAAAGAAGUCAGUUCCACCUCUUCACUCUUGUUUCAGGAACCGAUUGUUUCUCAGUCUUUCGAGAGAGAUUUCUUCCCCAGGGAAGUGAAAAUAAUGAACUUCUGGAAGUAUUGGUUUUUUACUUUUAUGGGAGUCAGUGUGGUUAUUUUUAUGAUCUUUUACAGUGGUCAGUUAAGCCAACCGAGAAGUCACAGGAAUAGUUCCGUUGAAAGGGACUUGGAGAUACACGCCUGUAAGAAUGCCUUAGAUGAGAAGUCAACCUUUUUGUGGGAAAAGACAUUGAUGUCCCCUGUGGGAAGUGUCCCUUGCAAGGACUACCUGAUCCAGAAUCACUAUAUCACAAGGCCUUUGUCGAAAGAAGAAGCCGAGUUCCCUUUGGCAUAUGUCAUGGUCAUCCAUAAGGACUUUAAUACUUUUGAAAGACUCUUCAGGGCCGUCUACAUGCCCCAGAACGUCUACUGCGUUCACGUGGAUGAGAAAGCCACAAUUCACUUUAAGAAGUCUGUAUGGCAGCUGCUGAGUUGCUUCAAGAAUGCUUUUCUUGCUUCAAAGAUGGAGCCUGUGGUCUACGCAGGAAUUUCCAGGCUCCAGGCUGACCUGAACUGCCUGGAAGACCUUUUAGCUUCUGAAGUUCCAUGGAAAUACUCCAUCAACACCUGCGGGCAAGAUUUCCCCCUGAAAACCAACAGGGAGAUCGUUCAGCAUCUCAAAGGAUUUAAAGGGAAAAACAUCACCCCCGGGGUGCUGCCUCCUGACCAUGCAGUAAAGCGGACUCGAUAUGUCUACCAGGAGCACUUGGGCAGAGGUGGCUCUUUUGUGAAAAAUACCGGUAUUUUGAAAACCUCACCUCCCCACCAGUUGACCAUCUACUUUGGCACUGCCUACGUGGCCCUCACCAGAGAGUUUGUGAAGUUUGUCUUCCAAGACCGAAGGGCCAUUGAUUUGCUCCAGUGGUCCAAAGAUACCUAUUCUCCCGAUGAACAUUUCUGGGUGACUCUUAAUAGGAUCCCAGGUGUCCCUGGCUCCAUGCCAAAUGCAUCCUGGGCCGGUGACCUCAGAGCUGUGAAGUGGCUUGACAUGGAAGAUAAACACGGAGGCUGCCACGGCCACUAUGUCCAUGACAUUUGUAUCUAUGGCAACGGAGACUUAAAGUGGUUGAUUAAUUCGUCAAGCCUCUUUGCAAACAAGUUUGAGCUCACUGCAUACCCCCUCACUGUGGAAUGCCUGGAACUGAGGCUUCGAGAAAGAACCCUGAAUCAGAGUGAAAUUGCAAUACAGCCCAGCUGGCAUUUCUGAUCUACAGCCACUCAGAGUCUAAAGGGAAAUUGCCUCUGGGAAGGAGAGCCUUUCUUUGGGAGAAAAACUUUGCCUGGGUUAUAUGAACAGUCUCAGGGCCAAGGUUAUAGCUUCAGGACCUGACUACAUAAUUACACAUCAAAAUGUCCGCUAGACACUGUGAAAUGUGCUGUCAGGAUGCUUGCACGGUGAUACUGGUCCUUAGGCCACUCUGGCAGUUUCUUGAGGUUCACCGCUCUUUCAGGCUCAUGUCCCGAUCUGUGAUAAAUUGAACAGUUUUCAGAUCUUUGCAUCAGACCCUCAUCGUAUAUACAUGUUCUCAUGAAAAGGAGAAUGGUAGAUAAUACUAUUUAGGGAAAUAAGAAUUAAGUUUCUUUGAAGAAGAAAUCUUUUCUCACAGAUCUGUAGCCUCACAUGAAUGGACUCCCCUGCUCUUUGCUCAGCUGCACGUCGGCAUAGAAACUGCUUUCAGGUAACUCUCCAGUCUCCUUUAGAACUUGAGCUGCUAGAACUGAGAACUUGGUCUUGUUCCUGAGUUUCAACAGUAACAUUUUCAAGUUCAAGUUUCCUGUGCCUACAGGUUAUUUUUUUUUUUUACAUUCUUUACAUUCUGUAUAGAAUGUAAAGUUAUUCACAGGAGACCAAAUUUAAGACAGCCGUCACUGCCUGCUACUUCAGUAAAAGAUUCUCAGGUAGUUCGCUUCUUGAAUAUUUGUCAGAGUGUCCUCUGACCCCUCGUCCAUCAUUUUCCAUUGAGAACAUGGAAAAGUUCUUGAAGAAUGAAGAUAUUUCAAGAGGGGAAGUGCUAUUGCAUGGGUGUAGCCUCAAGCCUUGACUAUUUCAGGAUAAAUCACUUCCCUUUUUUGCCUCCAUCCCCACCAAAGUGGGGCUUCCCCAAUGGCUCAGUGGUAAAGAAUCUGCCUGUGAUGUAGGAGACACAGGAGAUCUGGAUUCAAUCCCUGGGUCAGGAAGAUCCCAUAGAAAAGGAAAUGGCUACCCACUUCAGUAUUCUUGCCUGGGAAAUCCCAUGGACAGAGAAGCCUGGUGGGCUACCGUCCAUGGGGUCACAAAGAGUCGGACGUGACUGAAAUGACUAAGCAUGCACACACCACCGAAGUGAUCUUACCUGCAAAAUGGAGACCAAAUUCUAUCCCAUGAACCUUUAAGGAGUCCACAGUGUUCUCUGGGUAACUUUGCAGUGCCUGUGGGGUCUUAGGAGUGCCUGGAUUUUUAAAAGCUUUCAAUUGUGGGAGAGCCUCUUUGUCACUUAUCCUUCAUCCCAUUCAUCCAUCCAAUCCAUCAGUAAGUAUUUCUUGGGUGUCUACUAUACACCAGACACGUGCAGAGACAAGAAGUGAGAAGCUUUUUCACUCUGAAAAUCUUGGCAAUAAUGCCAAGAUUGGAAAGAGAAUCUCUAGAACUCCAGAGAAUCUCACAAAGUGUAUUAUCCCCCCCGGCUCCAGCCACCCCACGAGGCAUGUGGAACUCCCCUGACCGGGGAUCAAGCCCUCGGCCCCUGCAGUAGAAGUGCGGACUCCUAACCACUAGACCACCAGGGAGUGGCUGUAGUGGUGGGCUUAUGGAUUGUCAUAUCAGGCCCAAGAUAUCACCAAUUUCAAAGUGAGGUCUAAAUCAGAGAAUAUUCUGAAGAGAGAAGGGAGGCUGGAGACAGAGGCCACAGCUGAUUGUUUUCUAGGCAGCCUGCUUUCUCUUUUACCUCUCAGGGCAUUCAGAUCUCACAAUGCUCUUGCAAACUCGUACAAUUAUCCCAUCUUGCAGAUGAAGUGACUGAGGCUUAGAGAGGUUGUUAGUAAGCAUGAGGAAACAAGUUCUCUGAGAAUCAGGCUUCUCUUACUGGUCUCCUUAGUUCAUUUCCUAAGGUGGAGCAUCUCGAGAAGGUGAAGUGAAGCCAUACUUAGCAUCCCAGAAUGGUUUCAGUAUUCACAUUGAGAAAACGUCCUGUCACGUCCAAAAAAUGUGAAGUCUCCUUUUGUACUCCAUCCAGUUCCUUGAUAUUUAUUUAUUCUAAUGAAAAACAGCAACUACAACUAAUGAUAUAUUUAAUCCAUGCAAUGUUACUUUUUCUGCAAUUGUGCCUGUUGAAUGUUAAUCAUAUUUAACUUAAGGAAGCUCUUAAUCAUAUUUAAUGACCUUGAAUUUAAUGACUUAAUGAUUUUGAAGUAAAAUCUGUCCUUUUUCCUGUUGCCAAGAGAGAUGGAAGUGCACUGGGUGACGAAAAGUCAAGGGGUAGGGAACACACCCAGAGCUAAAGGCAGAAUUUAAAAUCACCUUUUUUUUUUUUAACUUAACGUCACAACACUUGAGGAGUGCUUUACACUGGAUCUUUCUCUUGUAGAAGAAGAAAUCUUUUGGAAUAGAAGAUGUUUACAUGUCUGUUGUUGGUCAUUUCUUCUGUGUCUCAAAUACUUUAAUGUUGGGAGAGUUUCAUGUUUGAACUAGUGGGUUUCUGCGGGCCCAUGAGAUGCCCUGAAAAUUUUGUUUUCGAUGAUGUUCCAUGUUGUUUUCUUGGAAAUAAAUUAAUAUAUUGUUUUCCACA